AUGAACGUCUCCCGCAACAUCCUUUCUCACCUCAGGAGCCCUGGCUAUUCGGCAGCUUCCCAGUCUCGUUCCUUCUCCUCUCUACCUAGGCCGUAUCAUUUUCACGUCGGAGCGUGCUGGGCGGGCAAGCCAUCAGAUCCACAUAUUCCUCGUCUCAGAACAACUCCGUUUCCUCCUGAUAGCGAGAUUGGCAAGUGGCGGGACCACACAUUGUCCAAGCACAUAUCACCGGUCGGAAAUCAUGUUGGCGAGGAUUUUUUCUAUGUCCAAGAUAUGCGCAAUCAAUCGGGCGUAUCUCUUGGAAUUGCUGACGGGGUCGGUGGCUGGGUCGAUGCCGGAGUAGACCCUUCACUCUUCUCUCAGGCGCUUAUGUUUCACGCCCAUCGCUACUCCAAGUUUGCGUGGGCUGGAGAGCCUGAGAUUGACCCCACACAAGAUUAUGAGGAGCGGGAGGAAGUUGAAGGAUGGGAACUCACACCGAGCGAGUGUCUCGAAAACUCCUUUCAUGGCGUGCUUCGGGAAAGAGCCGUAAUCGCUGGCUCAAGCACAGCAUGUAUAAUGACGCUUAACGCAUCUUCAGGACUCCUGCGCGCAGCGAACAUAGGGGAUAGCGGCUUCUUGAUUAUACGAUCCUCCAACGUAAUAUACCAGCAACCUAUUCAAACACAUUUCUUCAACUGCCCAAAACAGCUUACCAAGAUGCCAAUCUCCCGGCCUAGAUUCUCCCGUGCUUGCGUAGACUCACCAAAGAGUGCAGACCUCUUUGAGACACGGCUGCGGGAUGGCGACAUAGUCAUCGCCUACACGGAUGGGUUGUCAGACAAUGUAUGGCCCGAGGAACUGAUAAGUAUUUGCUCCCGCAUUGCCCAUCAACAUGCCGUAUCCGAAUCCCUCAAAACCCGAUCUUCAGGUAGUGACGAGCAGCAAGACUCGGAAGAUCUCCUGGUGCAGACGAUGGCCGAACGCAUUGUCGACUACGCGCGGUUAUGCAUGUCACACAAAUUGCGUCAGAGCCCCUUCGAAAGGGCGGCUGCCCGAGAAGGCAUGUAUUUUCGCGGAGGAAAACUAGACGACGUCACCGUGAUCGUCGCCCUCGUUAAGGAGACACUGUGA